AUGUCAGACAAAUGUUUUAUCGUGAUAGCAGGAACUAUGGAUAAUUUAUCAUUUCACUACGCCUGCUUCAUCGCUAUGAAUCUUUCCAGGUCAUUGCCGAAUUUUCACUUCAAAAAAAUUUGUAAAGAUGCAACAGAAUGGGAGGCUUGGAUUCGUGCAAUUUGCAAAUUGCACGGCUGGGAACACGCGAAACCUCCUUUGAUAUGGAAACAAUGCGGAAUAAGCGGUACCAAAGUCACUUACAUAGGUGAUGUCGACAAGUUUCGCGGACUCUUGCUUGAAUAUUACAAUAUACGUUUUGACCUUACGAGAGAGGAAUUGGAAUUAUUAAAAACGGAUCUGCUGCGCGUAAGCAAAUUGGCACACGAAGUAGAACGGAAAAUUGGCCGUUUAGAGACAGAGGACGAAUAUCGUCGUGUGACUAUUGUAGGCGCCGAUAGAUCGCUAUGCCUAGACCUAAUUCCUCAGUUAAUGACAGUAAAGGAGUUACAUUUGUCACGCGGAAUUGUUUUUAGUUUAUACGAUGAGCCAGAAAAUUUGUCUAAGCUUGAAAGGAUAACGAAUGAUAUAAAGAAUGUCGAUGAAAGUUUAAAUGCAAUAACGAUCAUACAAGAUAUAUCAAAUGGAUUACGCGACUGUGAUAUAUUAAUAUUUCUCGAGGAUAUAACAAGGGAAGAGUGUGAGGAACACGAUACUUGGUAUCAGAGGAAUUACGACCGUAUGAAAACAUUGUCAAAGCAAAUUAAUGAGUACGCCUCAUGUCACAUUAAGAUCGUAUUCUGCUCUACGGGUGCGACGUGCCUCUGCGCUACCAUCCUGCGGAAUCUCGUAGCAAAGCUACCCGAAACGAGUAUCGUUGUUGUUAGCGCUCAAUAUGGAUUAGAGGUGAUAGGUGAUAUCACGGAGUCUCUGGGCACGGACCGGCGGGAUUUCGGCUGUCCCCCGGUAUGGGGAUUUCUGGGCAUCAGUCAGUUUGUAGAUGUGUGCCAUAUGGUACAGAAGUGUAAUGCAUAUAGUCUGCGGAAUGGCGAUACUUUAGAAGCGAAGGAGAGCGUGACUUCGAAGUUGCUAGGGGUCGAGCAAGCCGAAUUAAAAUGGUUUUUUUCUUUCAAGGAUAAUAAAAAUCUAUACGAGGAUUAUCUACGGCGUAGGGUCACUACUCAACACCAAGCUAAUCCACAAAAAGAAAAUUUGCGAAAAUGCAGGGCCAUAUGUGAUCUAUUAAAAUUAUGGUACAAGGAAAGCGUCGGCGAUGAAAUCAUAGCUCUAGGAAUCUCGUCCGAUGGCAGUUUCGGUAUUCCGAGUGGAAUAGUGUUUUCACAGCCGGCAUGUUUGAAGAUUUCGGACGACGGUACGCGAGUUUGGGUGCCCUGCGACGAUUUUCCCUUGCCGGAUAUGCCUGUAUCAGUAUUUCGCAAUUUGAUCGCCACAGCCGUGGAAAUUACACGACGGCUAAUGAGCGCAGAUAAAAUAUAA